AUGACUUCCUCUUGUACUCGUAAUAAUUAUGAAUGUAAUUCUGAAAAUAGAAAUCAACAGUACACAGCAUGUGCUGCAGCAAAUAAUCUAAAACCUCGUGCUGCUACUACAGGAAGCAUUGACGCUCUUCAAUUGCAGCCUAAAUAUCUUCCAACUUUUGACAGAGAGUACAGAUCUGAACCCCGCGAUUUACCAAAAAGCGAAGAACACCUUAAUGUUUUAAAAUCACAACAGUUUCCUUCCAGUUAUUUUUCAGGAAAAAGUCCAUCGAAUCUGACCGAGACAGGAAUUACCCUAGCAAGCGUUCCUGCAAUGGCUAUCGGAAGUUCAACGGAGGUGCUUGUAAGCAUUGUAGAAAGUCAAGUUAAUAUAAGAAGAAAUUCUGUUAUGACAGAUUCAACUCCUAAAGUAGAAUCCGAGAAGUAUUCCCCAGAUUUUGAAAAUGUCAAGUCUCCUAGUACGGAAUUUACUACGUCCACAGUACAAUCCUCACCGAUGGAGGAUACGAAAAUCAGAGAGCACAGAGAUGGUGUUAAAUAUUGUGAUAAGUACGAUGUAGAUGAUAUUGAAUCCUAUACUGUGUGA